GUUUCCGGCCAGCCUCGCUCUGGGCCCUGCGGCUGGCGGCCGAGCCUUGUGCCUCCGCCAUAUUGUCUGUGUGAGGCCGGCGAGGGAGGCGCGGUGGUGGCUGCUGCCGCCUCCUCCUCAGUUGGAAAAUUCUGAGUUCUGCCUGAGGCCCACCACCACGAUUUGCACUGAAAUUGGAAGCGGCGCGAACACCAGAUCCUUAACCUAGCUCGGCCUGCCAAUCUGUCCACAAUGUCGGGACCUGUGCCAAGCAGGGCCAGAGUCUACACAGAUGUAAAUACACACAGACCACGAGAAUACUGGGAUUAUGAGUCGCACGUUGUUGAAUGGGGUAACCAAGAUGACUACCAACUAGUCCGGAAAUUGGGCCGGGGCAAAUACAGUGAAGUCUUCGAAGCCAUCAACAUCACAAAUAAUGAAAAAGUAGUUGUUAAAAUCCUGAAGCCUGUGAAAAAGAAGAAAAUCAAGCGUGAAAUCAAAAUCUUGGAGAACUUGCGAGGCGGCCCCAACAUCAUCACCCUUGCAGACAUAGUGAAAGACCCCGUGUCUCGGACCCCAGCCUUGGUUUUCGAACAUGUAAACAACACAGACUUUAAGCAAUUAUACCAAACGUUAACAGACUACGACAUCAGGUUCUACAUGUAUGAAAUCUUGAAGGCCCUGGAUUAUUGCCACAGUAUGGGAAUAAUGCACAGAGACGUCAAACCCCACAACGUCAUGAUUGACCAUGAGCACAGAAAGCUCCGGCUAAUAGAUUGGGGUUUGGCUGAAUUCUAUCAUCCUGGCCAAGAGUACAAUGUCCGAGUGGCUUCUAGAUACUUCAAAGGCCCAGAGCUCCUCGUAGAUUAUCAGAUGUACGACUACAGUUUGGACAUGUGGAGCUUGGGUUGCAUGCUCGCCAGCAUGAUCUUCCGAAAGGAGCCCUUCUUCCAUGGUCAUGAUAACUAUGAUCAGUUGGUGAGAAUAGCUAAGGUGCUUGGGACAGAAGACCUAUACGACUACAUUGACAAAUACAACAUUGAACUUGACCCCCGUUUCAACGACAUCUUGGGCAGACAUUCCCGCAAGCGAUGGGAACGCUUCGUCCACAGUGAGAAUCAGCAUUUGGUCAGCCCCGAGGCCCUGGAUUUCUUGGACAAGUUGCUGCGAUACGACCACCAAUCCCGUCUCACGGCGAGAGAAGCCAUGGAGCACCCUUACUUCUACCCCAUAGUGAAGGACCAGGCUCGGAUGAGCUCAACCAACAUGCCGGGCAGCAGCACCCCCGUCAGCAGCGCCAGUAUGUUGUCAGGGCUUUCUUCAGUGCCAACGUCUUCACCCCUGGGGCCUCUAGCGGGCUCGCCUGUGAUAGCUGCUGCCAACACCCUAGGUAUGCCAGUUCCAGCUGCCGCGGGAGCCCAGCAGUAGAGGAUGACGCCCCGUCUCCCAGAUGCCUGACCGGAGCCGGGUUGGGGCCGAGGUCCCUCCUCCACCCCCUUCCCCAGGACAACUGCAGCCGCUUGUGGCCGGCGUUGUGGGGAGGGAGAAGGGAGGGUAUGGAAUGCUUUGGAGGAGUUAUGUCUGAACAGUUGCUUGUGGAUUUAUAGUAGUUCAGUCAUAAAAAAAAGAAAAAUAUA